AUGAGCGACACGGCGGCCCUCGAGGCUGCCAUUGCCAAGGCGCAGGAGGCUGUGACGGCCCAGGGUGACACUGUCCGGACGCUGAAGGCCCAGCUCAAGACAGGCGAUGUCCAGAAGGCCGAGGUCGAUGCUGCGAUCGCGAAGCUGAAGGAGCUCAAGCUCGAGUUGGACAAGGCCAACCAGGACUUCGAGGCCGCGGUGGGCAAGACCGCGGGCGGCAACAAGGAGGCGUUGCGCGCGGAGAUCUGCAACGUGUUGGAGCGGCGGUUGUUUUACAUUCCGUCGUUCAAGAUCUACGGCGCGGUGGGCGGGUUCUUCGACUACGGCCCGCCGGGGUGCGCGAUCAAGCAGAACCUGACGCAGGCGUGGCGGCAGCACUUCGUGCUCGAGGAGAACAUGCUCGAGGUCGAGUGUCCGUCGGUGACGCCCGAGGUGGUGCUCAAGACCUCGGGGCACGUGGAGCGGUUCACCGACUUCAUGGUGUCGGACGUGCAGACGAAGGAGUGCUACCGCGCGGACCACCUCCUCGAGGCGGCGCUCGAGGCCAAGAUCGCGGAGAAGGGCCUGGCGCCGGAGGACAAGCGCCGCCUCGAGGACCAGCUCGUGCAGGUGGAAGGGAUGGACAAGGAGGAGCUCGGCGCGGCGCUGAAGGAGCACGGCGUGAAGGCGCCCGACACGGGCAACGACAUCUCGGACCCGUACACCUUCAACCUGAUGUUCAAGACCUCGAUCGGCCCGCGCGGCGACCUCACGGGGUACAUGCGCCCGGAGACCGCGCAGGGCAUCUUCGUCAACUUCCGCGACCUCCUGUACUACAACGGCGGCAAGCUGCCCUUCGCCGCCGCGCAGAUCGGCAACUCCUUCCGCAACGAAAUCUCCCCCAGGGCGGGGCUCCUGCGCGUCCGCGAAUUCACGCAGGCGGAGAUCGAGCACUUUUGCGACCCGGAGGACAAGUCGCACCCCAAGUUCGCGAGCGUGGCGGACGUGGAGCCGCUGCUGUACUCGCGCGAGCUGCAGAUGGGCGCGACCAAGAAGGCCGAGCCGAUGCGGCUCGGCGACGCGGUCGCGAAGGGCGUCGUCGCCAACGAGAGCCUGGCGUACUUCAUUGGGCGGACCUACACCUUCCUCCUGAACGCCGGCGCGGACCCCGCGCGCGUGCGGUUCCGGCAGCACCUCGCGCACGAGAUGGCGCACUACGCGUGCGACUGCUGGGACGCCGAGAUCGAGACCUCGUACGGCUGGGUGGAGUGCGCGGGGCUCGCCGACCGCAGUGCGUACGACCUGAGCGCGCACGGCGCCGCGAGCAAGACCGACCUGACUGCGUACGUGGCGUUUGAGAAGCCGAAGAUGGUGGAGGUGACGGUGGUGAAGCCGGACAAGAAGGCGCUUGGCAAGGAGUUCAAGAAGGACGCGAAGGCGGUGCAGGCGGCGCUGGAGGCGCUGAGUGAGGAGCAGGCCGAGGCGAUGAAGGCGAAGCUGGAGGCGGCGGGCGCGGCGGAGCUGGCGGCGGAGGGCGGCGCGUUCACCAUCACGUCGGAGAUGGUGGCCAUCGAGCGUACGACGAAGAAGGUGACGGGGCGGACGUUCGUGCCGUCGGUGAUCGAGCCGUCGUUCGGCAUCGGGCGCAUCCUGUACGCGCUGUUCGAGCACGCGUUCUACAAGCGCGAGGGCGACGGCAACGAGCAGCGCACGGUGUUCCGCUUCUCGCCGCUGGUGGCGCCGGUGAAGACCACGGUCUUCCCGCUGCUGCAGAAGCCGCAGUUCAACGAGAAGGCCGCCGCGAUCGCCGCGGCGCUCCGCAAGGCCGCGAUCAGCAACAUCGUCGACACCACGGGCGCGUCCAUCGGCAAGCGCUACUCGCGCACGGACGAGAUCGGCGUGCCGUUCGCGGUGACGGUCGACCACAGCACGCUCACGGACGACACCGUGACGGUGCGCGAGCGCGACUCGAUGGCGCAGAUCCGCGUGCCCGUCGCCGAGGUGCCGGGCCUCCUGGGCGACCUGUGCUCGCUCGCCGUGCAGUGGGAGGACGUCGCGGCCAAGUACCCCGCGCAGGCGGCGUCCGCGGAGUGA